AUGCUCUUCAUCGGUGUGAGCCUGUGCUCGGAUACAGCUUUGAACAGCACAGGCUUCAAUAAUCGAUAUCAAGCGAAGGAGGCAUUUUACCAACGAGCGAAGGAUAUCUAUGAUUCAGGUUGGGAGACUGAUACGGUUAUAAAGUUGCAGUCGUUGUUUCUCCUGAGCUUUUGGCGUGGAAGCCCAACCGAGGAGCGUGAUGUUCGGUUCUGGCUUGGAGCUGCCAUCAGUCUUGCCCAGAAAAAGGGCAUGCAUGUGAUGUUGAAAUUGUCCUUCCUUAAUACCAAAGAUCAAAAGCUUUGGAAACGAAUCUGGUGGGCUUUAUAUGUUCGCGAUCAACAAACAUCGGCAGCUUUGGGUCUACCACCUCGAAUACGUGACGAAGACUGCCAAGUCGCUGAUCUCGAAGCCAUAGACUUUGAGGAAAGCGAGCCCAUGGGACCUCCUGAAAUAUUCCGCCCACCACCAGCAGUACACAUUCCCUACGUGAUUGGAAUGGCCCAACUGGCCAGGUUAUGUAUGGUAUCCUCAAACAUUGGGGCAAUGCCAUUUACUGACAGUUUGAUCUUCAUUGACUGGGAGUCGUGCCUCCCAAAGGAAAUGCAGUUUCAAAUGCCAACGAGCAGGGAAGCGAUGUUCCUAGUUGGCAUGCUUCAUAUGGCUUAUAACAACUUGUACAUUCUUCUAUACCGACCCCUUUUCUUACAGCCCCCAGUCCAAUCGGCGAAUCCCGAAGGAAACGUCGCCUUGGAUGCAGCAACACGAAGCACCCGCAUUCUAGAGGACAUGCUCUCGGAAAACCUGGUCCAACAUGGAUCAGUUCACUUAAUCACGCACACUUUCUCGGCUUUAUGUAUACACACCAUUCAUUUCGGACGGGUCACAGGCACAGCCCGAAAAUUAGCAGAACACAGAGCAAAGUUAUGUCUAUUGGGCUUAAAGGAAUUACAGAAAUCAUGGGACUUGGAGAACUGGGUACUGGAUCUUUUCUUCCGGUGCUUGGAUGAUCGUACUGCUCGCGAUCUCCGACUAGCCGAUCCUGCUAUGCCAUCAUCAACAUCACAAGCAGGCAGCGGUCGAAAUAUUGAGAUGUCACCUGCGUCUCCUGCUAGUGGUUUAUAUAGACCCCGUUCUCCUAACGCAGCGUACGAUAUAUUGCAAUCUCCUAACAUGAUGCCCCACCAUAAUCCUGGAGAAGAGGCAGCAAUUAAUAUGGACUGGUAUGAGCUGUUCAACGUUGAGGGUGAUGAUGUGAUGGGCCUUGCCGGCUCAUUGUCAAAUCCGGACUAUUUGAAUCCACAGAACCUCGAGUUUCUGUAUCGAUUUCUAUAG